CAGUCUAUCAAGAACACAACAAAAAGGCAUUAAGCAUGGUGGGAAUUACUAGUCUCAGAUCUUUCAUUUUGCUCUCCAUGUGUUUUAGCUUCAUUUUCCUUUCAAAUCAAGGAGCAAUAACGUUCGUAAGUUCCUGCAAUGAACCAGAAGCAGCGCCGGCCCCGAGUCCAGAGGCAUGUGACAAUCCAGAAGGAUGUAACGAACCCGAAACAGGGCCGCCACCUCCGCUGGGGCCGCCGCCUCCACCUCCACCAUGUGAAUGGGAUGAGACAUGUGGAGAUCCAUGGCCGGAGGUGAGAUUAGAAGGAGAUGGGUGUGACCUCAUUGUGGAAAGUGGUGUCUGUGACAAUUGGGGUUGUGGCUAUUUUACAUGUGAAGACAACUGCAAAGUUGGCUUUUUUACUCGUGAGCAGGGUUGUGUUUGGGAUGAAUGGCGUAAGAAGCCUCGCUGCAUCUGCCGCUGAUCACGUUAACAGGUGAAGCAAGACACUGUUAGGGGAACAAUUUAUAGGUUGCCACCACCGUUACUUGUCAACGACUAUUAUGACCUGUGUACUAUUUUCAAUUUUAAUGUCUUCCCUGAGAGUAAGUAAAUCCAUCCUAAUAUAUUUAAAAAUAUAAAAAUAAUAAAAAAUGGUGGUAAAA